AUGAGCUCCGAGAAUUGGGAGUCUAUCGACGCCCCCAGCGCCAGCUUCAGCGAUCUGUCCAUCAGCCGAUCAUCCGACGAUGUCCGUGGCGUGCACCAUUCGACUCCAAUCAGUCGGCGACCAACAGCCGUCGAGGUGUCACGCAUUGAAACCUAUCGCUUGCAGCAUCGAACAACAGUGGGAUCGGGUAUAGGACCAGCGCCAAAGGAAACGUGGUUACCGUUUGGAGGAGAAAAGGAUUAUCCCCCUUUGCUUCCCGACCCGGAUAUCUAUGUUGUGGAAUUUACUGGAGAGGAUGAUCCAUAUCAUCCCCAUAACUGGCCUACUUCGAAGAAGGUCCUUCUUUCCACCAUCCUGGCCUAUGUCACCUUCGUUUCUUCGUUCGCGAGUGCCAUCUUUUCCUCCACCGUCGGAGCCAUAAGCACCCAAUUCGGCAUUAGUACUGAAGUCUCGACACUCGGAGUCACCCUUUACGUGCUUGGAUUUUCAGCAGGUCCAACAAUCUGGGCCCCUGCCUCGGAGUUGUCCGGUCGGCGAUGGCCUCUGACAGUGGGAAUAUUCGGAUACAGUAUCUUCACAAUCGGCACUGCCACGGCCAAAGAUGUUCAGACGAUUAUGCUGACCCGAUUCUUUGCGGGUUUAUUUGCUGCAGCUCCGUUGGCGAUCGUACCAGCUAUCUUUGCAGAUAUCUAUGACAAUUCUCACCGAGGUAUCGCGAUAGCAAUGUUUGCGAUGGCGGUGUUUGUAGGACCAUUCGCCUCGCCUUUCACCGGAGGGUUUAUCACAAUGAGUUACCUAGGAUGGCGAUGGACGAUGUAUAUUUCUGCCAUUAUGGGAUUCUUGGGAUUUGCUUUACUCAUUUUGUUUUUCAAGGAGACAUAUGCCCCUGUCGUGCUGAUGGAGAAAGCGGCUACUCUUCGUCGCCAAACACACAACUGGGGCAUUCAUGCAAAGCAGGAUGAAGUUGAGUUGGACAUUAAGGACCUAUUGACGAACAACUUCAGUCGACCCUUCCGCAUGCUUUUCACUGAACCCAUUGUCUUUUUGGUGACGCUGUACAUGUCAUUCAUCUAUGGACUUAUGUACGCGUUGUUGGCUGCUUAUCCGGUGGUGUUUCAAGGCAUUCACGGGAUGAAUCUCGGAGUAGGCAGCUUGCCAUUUAUUGGAUUGAUUAUUGGCGAGCUUUUGGGAGGUACAUUUGCGCUCCUGGGGCAAGGAUCUUAUAGAAAGAAACUAGUUGCGAACAACAACAUUCCAGUUGCUGAAUGGCGACUAGGACCGGCAAUAGUUGGAGGGAUCGCCUUUACUCUCGGUCUUUUCUGGUAUGGCUGGACGGGAUUUACAAAAUCCAUCCACUGGAUGGCACCGACAGCCUCAGGGAUCCUUGUUGGAUUUGGUAUCUAUACUAUCUUCCUACAGUGCUUCAACUACUUGAUCGAUUCAUAUCUUAUGUUCGCUGCCUCGGUGUUCGCCGCAAAUACUAUCUUACGUUCGGCCGUUGGCGCCUGUUUCCCCUUGUUCUCGAAACAGAUGUUUCAGAAUCUUGGAGUCCAGUGGGCAGGGACUCUGCUGGGCUGUCUGGCAGCCAUAAUGAUCCCUAUCCCAUUGGGAUUUAUUGUAUUUGGUCCGAGACUGAGACGGAAGAGUAAAUUUGCCCCGACGCUUGAAAAUCCAGUCAGAGAGAAGCCACCGUCUGAGGGUGCUUGA